AUGGGCUUGCACAGAGAAGCCACGUACAAAAGCUUACCGGAACCCGGCAUGUGUCGACGGAUCUGGUGGCAUCUGGCUAAUCAAGACACGCUACAGUCGUUGUGUUACGGAAGGCCGUCUUCGCUUCGAAUGCAAGAGGUCGAUGUCAACUUGCCAACGCUCCACGACUUUGCGGAAGCUGACCCAGAUAACGAACUAUUUCUUCAGAGGACCAAACUCUGCAAGAUCCUGGGAAGUGUUUCAGAAGCACAGUAUGGACGACAGCAGAGGCCGGUUAUGGAACAGAUUAUCCAUAUCGGAGAAUCCCUCAGAGACUGGAUUGAGAGUCUUCGCCCAGAUCUCCGCCUCUACGACCCAAUGGAGCAGAGAGCUUAUCGGCCGUUUGUCUAUCAGCUCCACAUUAUGUACUUCACCGGGGUCAUCCUCUUCUACCGUCUGGUAGAGAACUGUCUGGAAUCCCUUAGGGUCUCGGUUGUUGCAGCUUCAGCCAUCGCUACAUUGUUUGAGGAGAUUUACUAUCGAGGGGAUAUAAUUUCGCUUCUGCCAAUCAACAACUGGUACUGCAUGGUGGCGAGCGUCCCUCUGGUUCACGCCCUCGUCAAGUUCCCUGACACCAACGCAAGGCACAGGGAGGACCUUGCCAAAGUUCGGCUCGCUCUCCAGGACAUGAGGGCGAACAAUCCGAGCAGCGCCCUGAUCCUCGCCAAUGUUGAUCGUGUGCAGCGAUCAGUACUGGGAGAUGGUGGCAACGGUGGCGUUGUGCAGUCGCACCUCCCAGCAGAUGCAUCCGCGGGCCGUCCAGCUUUCGGAGACAAUAUGUUUUGCGCUGGUCUCUGCCACCGUGUCGACAAGCUCAGGUUAUUUCCAUUUCCCGCGUCGUUGUGUCCCAGCAUGGAUCUUCUGUGCGUGAACUCUGCCCAGCCGCACAAUCCCGUCGCAACCCCUCCAAUGCAACUCUUGGAGGCCGAGUCGGAUAUGAUGUUCAAUUUCGAUCUUUGCGACGUCCAGCUGGACCCGCUCUGGACAGAUUUCGAGAGACCUGUCGAGCCAUACAGUUCUCAGAUGUAG